AAAGCAGCCCUUGCUUAGCUACUAAUCCAUUCCUCCCAAAUCUUUCAAACCAUUUUAAAUUCAAGUACUACUCCUAAUAACCUACUGCAUUAACGUCAUUAGAGAUUUCAGAGAGAGAGAGAGAGAGCAGGCACAGCGGGGUUCUCGCUGACGAACCAGGAAUCUGUAAUUCAUCAGAAUGCAGUGUCACUCAUCCACAAAUGGUGAUGCUUGUUUACGGUGGACCAACGAGGGAAACAGAAAUCAGCCGAUCUAGCACCUAAUUGCAAGCAGAAAAUGCAUCCAUAUUCACUUAAAAGUUCUAAGGGAGCACCGUUUCCACCGCGACCGAUUCUUGUAUUCCUUAUUGCAAUAUUUGGAUUCUAUGUAUGUUACAUCUCAUUUAGCCAGAUAACACUGGAGAAUAGAAAUGAGAACAGUAUAGAAGUGCAAGAAAAAGUUCUUUGCAGAAACCCUUAUGCUCCGCAUGAGGAACUGCGGUAUGUGCACUUUCCAAAACCUGAGAGUUAUAGUAGGGGAGAGUGUUCCUGCAAUCCGGUCCGAUUCUUUGUGAUUGUAUCCAUGCAAAGAUCGGGAAGUGGGUGGUUUGAGACUUUGCUGAAUAGUCACCCUAACAUCAGCUCAAAUGGUGAAAUAUUUAAUAGAUGGGAUAGAAGAGAAAAUAUCUCAUCUAUUGUGCAUACACUUGACAAACUGUAUAAUUUGGACUGGUUCACCAGUGCAGCAAAGAAUGAGUGCACGGCUGCAUUUGGAUUGAAGUGGAUGCUAAAUCAGGGUUUUAUGGACCAUCAUGAUGAUAUAGCUAGUUAUUUAAACAAGAAGGGUGUUUCCGUGAUAUUUCUCUUCAGGAGAAAUACAUUACGCAGGCUUAUCUCUGUUUUGGCCAAUGACUAUGACAGAGAUGCAAGGCAGUUGAAUGGAACCCACAAAUCUCAUGUACACUCAAAAGAAGAGGCUGAGAUACUAGCAAAAUUCAAACCAGUGCUGGAUGUGUCAAAUCUGAUUCCAAACAUCAGAAAUGCUGAGAAGUACAUCAGAGAUUGCCUGAACCACUUCAACGCCACUCGGCACAUGAUCCUCUAUUACGAGGAUAUUAUUCGCAACAGAAAUGAAUUAUACCAGGUGCAAGAAUUCCUUGGAGUUCCGGUGAGGAAGCUGGUCAGCAGGCAGGUGAAAAUUCACACGAGUCCUCUUCCAGACCUUGUCAGGAACUGGGAUGAUGUGAGCAACAAACUGAACGGCUCACAGUACGCUCAUUUUCUUGACGGUGCAGAUUAUGUCAGGUGACUUAUACUGAUGCGUGAUGUGAUGUGAGCGACAGGAUUUUUUUUUCUUUUUCCCAUAUGGAGUUUUGGUCGCCAUAGGAUUGAUUCUUUUGUACAAAUGAGUUGGUAAAGGAAGGGGGUAAAGAUAAACAGAUCGAUAUGAGAAAAUUUGUGAUCAAAUUGUACAGGCUUUCCACAAUUAUGUCAUUUUUGUUCAUUAUUUCUAGAGCUCAAAGUGCACGUAUGCUUGAAAUUGCUGACAGUUUUGUGAAGGUCAUUCCAUGGUCCAUUUUGGUCUUGUUCUUUUGCCUGUACCACAUGCUUUCAUUAAGAAAAAAACUCAACAAAAUUAUAAACGUAAGA